AUGUCACUGGGACGGAUCUACGACUUCAACGAGGGCAUGAGUUGGUCCACGUGGAUAGAACGUCUAACGUUCUACUGUGAGGCCAAUCUCAUCACAGCACCAGAGAAGAAGCGAGCGGUGCUGCUUACAAUGUGCGGAGAGUCGACGUACGAAACUCUGAAAGCCCUCCUUGCGCCACAACUUCCAUCUGAAGUCAGCUACUCAGAUAUCGUCAGGUGUCUCGCCGAACACUUCGAUCCAAAACGGUCGGAACUUCUCAGCCGAUUCAAAUUCCAUCAGCGUAAUCAAGCGCCGACGGAAACGAUAGCAGACUAUGUUACAGCACUCAGGGCCAGAGACUGCAAUUUCAGUAUUAGCAGUACAGUUUCGACGCCGGCGACAGAUAGGGCAUCAGGGGAUAGCCCACCACAGCAACAGGCAACGACGGAGCAGCCGACACCACCCACAGCGUUGCCUCUAGACGUCAUGAUGAGAGACCGCUUCAUUUGCGGUAUUCGGGAUAAGAACCUGCAGCAACGCCUUUUAGUGGAGUGUGACAUAACAUUCGAUCGGGCUUUCAAGAUUGCUCUCGCAACGGAGUCAGCAGUGAGUCAGCAGGGUCAGCUGCAGUCGGCACAAGAACGAGACCAGGUUAACAUCUUUCGGAGAAAGUCCGCGGGACAUAGGAAGAAGACGACUAAAACACAAAGGUGUGGCCGCUGUUUCGGAGAUCACGAGGCAAAGGAGUGUCGGUUCAAGAAUGCCAUAUGCAACAGGUGCAACAGGUGCAACAAAAAGGGCCACAUUGCGAGAGCUUGUAAGCAGCAACAUGGAGCGCCAGUGGCAGGAGACAGUCAUCACCUUGCUAGUGGGUCGGAUGAUGAGCGGAGUUCAUCCUCCAGUGAGCUCUACCAACUUAACCACGUCGGGGAUAAACUAGGUCGUCCAGACAUUCCCAAAUUCACAGUGACGCUCGAGGUAGAAGGAAAGCGCCUCAAUUUUGAAGUGGAUUCGGGAGCAGCUUGCUCGAUAAUCAGCGAACAGACUUAUCGGGAGACAUGGCCACACAAUCCUCCGGAGCUAAAGAAAAAGACCAUUUGUCUACGAACAUAG